AUGUGCACCAAAUCAAAUAAACGCAAACCAGCAGUCUUCUUUUUAUUUAAAUAAAAUGUAGCCACUAGAAUAAAGUCUAAUAUUUUAAAGUGUAUAAUAUGUAAGAAAUAAAUAAUAAUUAUGCCAAGUAAACGUGAAAAAUCAUUGGUUCCUACAGAGGAAUUGAUGAAAAAUAUAAACGAGCUAAAAAAGAAAAUUCAACUUUCUGAAGGACAAAAAAAAGCGCAGUAUGAAGAAUGCGAGGAAGAAAAGAAAAAAAACAACGAGAAGAUUCAAAUGUUAAAACGCGAUAUCAAAGAAAUGUACCAAACCAAGAGACAAGAAUCCACAUGUGUAGACGCAUUACCAGACGCAAAACCACAUGAAAAAAUCAUAAUUUUAAAGAGAAAAAAGUAUCACGAAGCAAUAGAUAUUUUGGAUUUGAAACUGAUCGACAUGAAAAAAAAAACAGAUCUAAUUAGACAUGAUAUCAAACAGAAAAGGAUCAAGUUGAACGACUUGUUCGGGAGAUGGAGUGACGUGCGGUCAAAGGUUGUUUCUACUGUAGACAAGGAUUCAAAUACGACUAAAACGCUUUCGGCACUUGAAAAUCGAUCUCAUCAAAUCGAAAUGAGCCGAAUGGAAGCGUCACACGUGACACGCAAGUAUAGAUCUAUAAGAAAUCGACUUUUGGAAGACUCGGUAGUAUUUGAUUCCACGUUGAACAAAUUAGAAAAAACAAUUAAGACACAACAACGUGAAAUUCAACGACUAGAAAAAAUUAACGAAGAAGCCAUUAAAUCAAGGGACAAGACUAGAUUAGUACUGCAGAAAAAAGAAACUAACGCAGCUAAUAUAGCGAAAUUUCGUAUGAAACAAGUAGAACAAAUUAGAGCGCAAGUAGAAGAAAGGAAAACUGAGUUGGAAAAAUUGGAACGAAAAAUAUUUCCACCGGGACAGAGAGCCACACAUCAGGAUUCAAUUCCUAGUUCCUCGGAAGAACAACGACUUGGAGAUAAUGGAUCAUCGGAAAGUCAAGAAAUUACUGACAUGCCAUAUUUCAAACUGAAACAAGUCACUGGUUCAAUUGACAGCGAAGACGUACGAAGAAAGUUUGUAUCACAAAAAGAAACUAAAGAUAGAUUAACUACUUUGAAAACUAACACCGAGAAUCAAAAAAAGGACCUCCAAAUAAAAUGCCAACAGCUUAAUGAGGAAUUUGAACAAUGUCGAUUCUCCGACGCUCAAGACAAAGAACAGAAUGACGAAGAAACUGAAAAUUUAAAGUUAAAAAUUAUAGAAGAAACAGAUAGGCUCGAACGUUUACAAAAAGACAAGUCCGAAUUGUCAAGUCAAAUUGACUCGACGCUAUUAAGAUUAUACGACAUGUGCCUCGCAUUAAAAGAAGCAGACAGCGCACCAGUACCAGAUAAAUGUCCAAGUAUUGAUAAAGCUGACUGGUUAAUAUGUCUAUUACAAACCAAAUAUGAGAAUGUAAUGAGAAGUUAUGGAACUACAGAUAAAGAUCAACGCAAUGUGAAUGGAAGGAUUAAAACCGACGAUGUAGCAGUACUGUGGUCGUUGGAAGACAAUGUCGUAGAAUCGGCGAACAAGGACGAAGAGGAAAAACCUGUUCCCAAUAGAUAUCUAAUCAAGAAACAAGCACAAAUCAUGGUUGACUCCAAGAGUAAAAAGAAAGGGAUUAAAACGCCAAAAGGAACAACUCAAAAGACUUGACCAACUACUUAAAUUUGAGACUGUAUAGAAUAAUAUAUAUAUAUAUAUAUAUAUAUAUACCAGAUCUAUAGUAACCAAUAACUAUCAUGAUUAAGCAUUUCUGCAUAUUUGCUACUUAUUACCCAUAUUAUUAUGUGUUACCGCAUUUUUAGUCACCAGCAUUAUCUACACACAUAUGUAGUUGGAAAUAAAUAUAAUACAUAAGACACAUUCUUGAUAAGAGUCGUUGAAAGCAUUUUUGUAUUGUUUUACUGUUAGUAGGUACUUUGUAUGAUUCAACGCAGUUAAAUUAAAAAAUCAAAUUAAAUAAAAGUAAUAAUUUUGUGACAAAAAAAAUUUAAUUCACUUUUAUACUCAUGUAAAACAAUAAAUCUGAUUGUUAUUAAUUGAUAAUCAAUAACAUAUGUAAUAUGUAUAUGUAAGUAAUCUUAAUUAUAUUAUAUAACAUAAGAGUUCACUAAAAUAUAAUAACAUUAUUGUGUCAUAGUGUCAUAGUGUCAUAUGACCCAAAAUUAAGAAUUGUGUCUCUAUAGGUUUUCUAGAAAGAGUGAAGAAAAAAUGUCUACAAAAAAAAAUUAAAAAACUCUAAAACUAAAAAAUGCAUUAUAACUAUUUAAUAAAUUUACAACAUUCACAAAUAAUAGAUAAUAUAAGUAUACCUACACAUAUUCGUAUAUCAUGAUAUUAUUUAGUAAAGUAAACUUUAAAAAUUGAACACACAAUGUCACUUCCAUCAGUGCCAUUACCCUUAAGUCUGACAUUUCAAUGAUUAAUAAAUAAACUUAAAAAAAAAAUAGUUAACCGAUGUAUUUAAUAACUACAGUCUAUAGUCUAUACUUUAUAAAGCAUGGAUUUCAAUGCAAUUUUUUUUUUUUUUUUUUGUAAACUUUAAAACAAUGCUUUCAAUUCGAUUCAUACAUCAUAGGGCUUAAAAAUACAUACAUUUUACUAUGAAUUGUUUAACCUAAUGGAUUUGACCUAACAACAUUUUUGUUAUACGCAUUGUCAUCAUAAUUUUAAAUAUUUUAUCAAUAAUUAUUAUUUUCAUAUGAGAAGAAAUUUAAAAAAAAAUUCCGAAGACAAUAUUCGUUUUUAAUUGAAAUAAAUGUUAAAAUGAUUAACUAGAAAGUACUGACAUUGUACUUUGUCUUUCGACGAUCGUAGAUAAUACCUAAUGCGUGUAUAUUACAAUAUCCUACCCGUAAUUUAAUUCAAUUAAUUAAUUUCUAAACAUGAAGUCUCCUAAAACACUGAUAUUAACUAUUAAAAAUAAUUAUUACAAGUAAGAUAAUAAUCACCUGUCUGGAACCUAAACGUUUUGAGUAAUCUACAAAAAUACGUUUUUAUGUCAGUGUACCACGUGUAGUUUAAGUUUUUAUAAAUUAAAAUAAUAAUAAUAAUUAAAAGAAAAAAAACAAAUCCGUAUUUCAAAAUAAAUAUAAACAGUGGAUUUAAAAAUAUAAAAAAAAUGUUAGGACAUUUAUUGUAGAUUUUACAACUUGUGUUAGUACAAACUACUACUCUAUAAUAGUACAAUAUUUGGUGUAUUUAUUUUU